AUGCCAGUAUGCGUAGUGAAACUGUGUAAAAAUAAUACUACAAGAAAUAAGAAAGACACUGGGAUCACAUAUCAUCAAUUUCCUGCUGAUCCUGUCAUUUGUGACCGUUGGACUGCUAAAGUACGACUUAGUCGAGAAGAAAGUUGGUGGAACCCAAGAGAACGCAGUGUUAUAUGUUCCAAUCAUUUCAAUGAGAGCGACUUGUACUUUACAAAAGGUGGUUUAAAAAGAUUGUGUAAGGGAGCUGUACCACAGAACGCAUUGUUUUUAUCUUCGACACUACCGGACAACAUUUCUCACAAAAGUACGGAUGCUAGCGUAAAUGCUUCUGAGCGCACUGUUCGAAGAAAAUUGAAAGAAUUAGAUUUCAAGGCUUGUCGCCCCGCCAGGAAGCCCAAGUUAACAGCUGCAAUGAAAGCAAAGCGCCUGAAGUGGGCCAAACAAUGGCAAGACAAAGAUGUGGACUUCUGGAGAUCGGUCUGCUUCAGUGACGAAAGCACAUUCGAAAUUUUACAAAAUAAAGCUCAGUAUGUGCGUCGUCGUCAUGGAGAAAAGUUUCAUCCUGAUUGUGUCGUCCCGACGGUUAAAUAUCCCACCAAAGUGAUGAUUUGGUCAGCCAUCAGCGGCAAGGGCACUGGACGUCUGUACGUCGUCAAAGGAAUAAUGAGGCAAGAUCAGUAUAAAGAAGUACUGGAAAAUCGGUUGAUUCCGCAGCUCAGAGAAUGGUUUCCAAAUGGGGAACCAUUCACUUUCAUGCAAGAUGGAGCUCCCUGCCACACUGCUCGGUCUGUUAAAGCUUUUUUUGGCAGAAAAAAAUAUCCCUCUGUUGGAUUGGCCCGGUAA